AUGACUUACACUCAAUUGCUAAUGUAUUUGAUUCAGAAUGAGACUGUUGUACCAAGGAAAUUACCUCCAAUGCCGAAGCCUCAUAAGCCUUGGUAUGAUGAGAAUGCUAGAUGUGCCUUUCAUGCUAAUUCAGAGGGUCAUACAACAGAGAAUGGCAAGGUGUUCAAGCUCCGGGUUCAAGAGUUGAUAGAUCAGAAAAUAUUGUCUUUUGCUGAUGUUCCAAAUGUGGGGAACAAUCCUUUGCCUAAGCAUGAUGGUUCAGGUGUCAAUGCUAUAGACAAUUCAACUGAUGAUGGAUUGAUAAAGGAUGUGUUCAAGUUGAAGACUCUUUUAACAGUGGUCCAUGCUAGAUUGAUGGAAGCAGAAUUGAUGAAUGGAUUCACUAGAUCAAAUAUUGAUGAGGAUGUUGUUGCGAUUGUGCUUGUAUUUGAUCAAGAGAGGCUUCCCAAGCCUUUUGUGGUCCCUUAUCAUAAAAAUGUUGACCUAGAGCCAGUGAAGAAGAUUGAGCCCAUGGUUAUCUAUGUUCCCGCUUCAUUCUCAUUUGAUAGUACCAAAGCAGUGCCUUGGAACUAUGAGCCUGUAGUUUAUGUGGGUAACAAACCAGUAAUCUUGAAAGAGCCAAACGUGACUAACAUCGCUAGAGCUAGUGGUGUGACUCAAAGUGGAAGGGUUUUCGCUCCUGAAGUGAUCCCAAACAAAGAAAGUGCACCAACACUUGAACCAAUGAAGGGGAAAAAGGUAAAUCCUCUAGAAGCAGGAGAAGGCUCAUCUAAGAAAGCACUGAAUGCUGAAGAGGAUAGAGAAUUCUUGAAGAUCAUCAAGAGGAGUGAUUACAAGGUCGUAGAUCAGCUCAACCAGACUCCUUCAAAAAUAUCCAUUCUUUCUCUACUUAUGAGUUCUAAGGCUCAUAGGACUGCUCUAUUGAAAUUCUUGAACGAAGCUUAUGUGGCAGAAGACAUCAGUGUUAUUCAGUUUGAUGAUGUGGUUGCUAACCUCAAUGCCAGUAGUUGUUUGAUGUUCACUGAUGAUGAUUUACCCCCUAAUGGGAGAAAACAUAAUAUGGCACUUCAUAUCUUCAUUAAGUGUACAAAAGUUACUCUGGCUCGAGUACUGGUGGAUACAGGUGCAUCCUUGAAUAUGUUGCCAAACACUACCCUAGCAUAA